AUGCUUUGGAGUAAGCAAGAUACGGAUGAUAGUACAGGUGGGAUAUACAAAUGGACAAUGGAUGCCCUAUUUGGAAGAAAGAUUUCACCAUCUAGAAAGUACAAAGAGUUCGCUCAAGAUGACACAAAUUAUACCAUCAAAAACAAGACUAGACAAUAUAGGCAGUGGGAUGGUCGGAUAUAUGAGCCGCACCGUAGGUCCAAUUCUUUUUCUUUUGAAAGGGAUCUCUUUGAGAAAUACGAACUUCUGCCAGAUGAAGAAGAGCAUGACCUUUUACGACCAGUCAGAACAUCUUAUCCGGAAGAGCCAGUAAAUGCACUACCGAAAAGGAGUCUUUAUGAGAAGGAAGAUCCGACAGACACUUUCUCUGGCAGAAAGCAGCGUGUACCUAGCGAAAAGUAUCAAGAUCCUAGUUUGAAGCCCAAGAUACCAGCAUAUGAUGAUCCACUCGUUUCACAACUAUUUGGUAAGGACAAAAUCGAGAAUCUUCCUACAUUUAAUUCCGCACUUCCAGGAAAAUUUCCUUCUCCUAUGAAAAGAGCCGGUACUUCGAACGGUGGGUUGCCCUUAGCUCCUGCAAAAGAUUACACAGAUGAAUACAUCAAACUACUUGAUCAGCUCGAUCUUAACGGUCAAAACUUGAAGGGUUUACAGCGCAAACUCGAGGAUCAGCGGCAGCAGCAUAUUCAUCAGGAGUCGUCCUAUCGCGAAAAGUAUCUGUCCGUGCGUCAGGAGCUCAUAAGUGAACUGCGACAGUCGAAAAGGAUAUACGAUAAUUAUUACAAACUUUAUUCCAAAUACAAGGAGCUUAAAACAGCAGCUACAGACUUGGACCCCCUGCGAAGUCGAAUCAAGGAGCUCGAAGCACAAGUUGUUGAUACGUCGAUUGGGAAGGCUACUGAGGUUCGUCGGCUUAAUGAGACUAUAUUUGAUAUGGAGAUAAAGUAUCAGGAGCUCCAAAGAGAACGUGAGCGAGAAAAAAUACAAUAUGAGUCAAGGAUAGCAGAGCUGGAGUCUCUGUUUCAACGACCAUUGGCAUCCCCACGUCUUCCACAAUCUCCAUUCGAGGAUUACAAUGCGACGGUAGAUAGACAUUUUUUUAAGGAUCCCUUAAGAGGUUUGUAG